UCCGCGGCGGGAGGAGGGUGGCGUUUCUCUACCCUUCAGUGGCCUAGCACUGCGCGCUCCGUCGGGGUCGCCUGCCCCGCGACCCCCGCCCCCCAUCCCUUCUCGUCAGCCCGGGGGUGCGGCCAUGGCGUGGCAGCGGCGGCCCAAAGCCGGCGCUGGGGCUCGCGGCGCUCUGGCGCUGCUAGCCCUGGCCCUGUGCGCGCCCGGGGCCCGGGGCCGGGCGCUCGAGUGGUACUCGGCCGUGGUGGGCACCGAGUACGUGGCCCCGAAGACGAACCUGACUGUGUGGAGCGUCUCGGAGAGCGGCCGCUUCGGCGACAGCUCGCCCAAGGAGAGUGUGCAGGGUCUGGUAGGGGUCCCGCGCGCGCCCGACGGAGACCCGGAGGGCUGCGCGCCCGACACGAGCUUCACAGUGCCCGGCUGCCGGGGGUCCGCGCCCUGGGUCGCCCUGGUGGCGCGCGGGGGCUGCACCUUCAAGGACAAGGUGUUGGUGGCGGCGCGGAGGAACGCCUCGGCUGUGGUCCUCUACAACGAGGAGCACUACGGGAACCUCACUACGUCCAUGUCCCACGCGGGAACAGGAAAUAUAGUUGUCAUUAUGGUUAGUUACCCAAAAGGAAGAGAAAUUUGGGAGCUGGUGCAAAACGGAAUUCCAGUAAAGAUGACUAUAGGGAUUGGCACUCGUCAUGUACAGGAGUUCAUCAGCGGUCAGUCUGUGGUGUUUGUGGCCAUUGCCUUCAUCACCAUGAUGAUUAUCUCAUUAGCCUGGCUAAUAUUUUACUAUAUACAGCGUUUCCUAUAUACUGGGUCACAGUUUGGAAGUCAGAGCCAUAGAAAAGAAACUAAGAAAGUUAUUGGCCAGCUUCCACUUCAUACUGUAAAGCAUGGAGAAAAGGGAAUUGAUGUUGAUGCUGAAAAUUGUGCAGUGUGUAUUGAAAGUUUUAAAGUAAAGGAUAUAAUCAGAAUUCUGCCAUGCAAGCAUAUUUUUCAUAGAAUAUGCAUUGACCCAUGGCUUUUGGAUCACCGAACAUGUCCAAUGUGUAAACUUGAUGUCAUCAAAGCCCUGAGAUAUUGGGGAGAGCCAGAGGAUGUGCAGGAGACGCCUGCUCCAGAAUCUCCCCCAGGCAGAGUUGUGGCUGCAAAUUUGAGUCUGACUGUAUCAGAUGAUGACAGAAGCAAUGGGAGCAGUCGGCCAUCGGCUCCCCCUGCUGAAUCUGAGCCACCCUGUGAUGCCAGCUUUAAAGGAGAUGCAGGUGAAAACACAGCGCUACUAGGUGAGAAGCCUGCAGAUGAUGAAACCAUGGAAUGUCAAGCCGGCAGGAGCGCCCCUCAGCAUGGAGGACCUGUCUCCGAAAGCAUUUGCACACUGAAGUGUCCCCGACAGAACUUUGGCUUGAACUAAAGGACUUUUUUUUUUUUUUUUUACUUUAGCACAGUUUGUAUAUUUGAAAAUAAUGUACAUUAUUUUACCUUUCAGAUUCUGGUUUGAUAUACAGAGGGCUAAGAUAUUUUAUUCUUUUAGAGACUUUGAUUUGUCUUCAUAUAUUUAUCUACUAAAAUAUAGUAUUUACAAUAAACAAUGUGUUUCAGACUGUUCUAAAGACAACUAGGGAAGGCACUCUAAUGUAAAGGACGAGUGGUGGUUCUAAAUACUAGACUAGUUACUACGGUACUGUGAAAACAAGAUUAAUUCUAUUUCUCAAGGUUUUUAGACUAAGCACACCAAUUUUAAAGUAGUUGGAGUUAUGUAAUUUGGUUGAAUAAUUGAUCACAUGGGCUUUCCCUGGAGGGAAGGAUAUUUUUAGAACUUAAAACUUAUAACUGAAAUAAGAAAUCUGCAGCUUUCUUGCACAUCUGUAAUAUGUAUAGAGAUUUCCAAACCUCAGAACUUUUUCUUUGUUUCGGAUUGUGGGGAAAAGCAUCAGAUGACUUUAGGAUUUACAUUUUUCCAUUUAUUACCUAACUUCUUAUGAUACCUUAAUGGGGAGGGAAAUUUGUCCAUUUUUUCCUACAAAUAAAAAAAGGAAGAUUCUGUGUUGCACAUGAGCAUUAAGUUCUUCAUUGCCUUGUUAAGGAAAUUGAUUAGGCAUGCUGUGAUUUUUUUUUUAAUGAUGAAUAUAUUUUAUUGGUUAAAAUUGCAAUUUGAUCUUUACAGGUUUUUUUUGUUUGUUUACCUGGAGCCACACCCAAGAAGCCUUGAGCAAGUGGACUCCCAACCUUUACAAUUUAAAGAUUAAUAAAUGGAGAAUUUUGAUUUUU